UCUUAGGUCAGCUAUACUUUUGCCACCAGAGGUUGAGCGUGCUUUGGUUUUGGCUCAUUGGCAUCACGAGUAUUGGCAGAUCCAACGCCACCAGCACAGCUCUACCAUCUCCUGUUCAUGGCUCUGACCGCCCUGUCGUUCCCUCCCUGCUCAAUCGAUACCAAGGCCUUUGCGAUCUUGCGCUCAUCUAAGAUCCCCGUACCCCCGUUUCACCAGCCAUCGACGCCUCAUCAAAUGUCCUAUGCCAUACCCCGUCACAACAGGAGUAGACGCACCACGGCCAAUCUGCGAUGCCACCUCCAAAAUCACCUGCCGGGAGUCUAAGAGGAAUACAGGAUUCUGCAAUGGCGUCCAACAUGCGAGGCAAUCCCACUCAUUUCUUGAAACGAUCCUUCUCGACGCCCUCGGUAGGUGGUGCAACCCCAUCGUCCUACUUGGAAUCACAAUCCUUGGCGCCGCCGAUGGGUGAAAAGAAGAGGAAUAAGCUUGGUUACCACCGAACGUCAAUCGCCUGCGGUCAUUGCCGUCGACGUAAGAUACGCUGCAUUAUAUCCACGGAGGACCAAAAUCGAUGUGUGAACUGCAUACGACUCAAGAAGGAAUGCAGCUUUCACCCAGUGGACCAGCAACAGCCAUACGAUCAAAAGCAGCAACCACCCCAAACACCUGGGGGUUCCAAUACUGUGACGGCAUCUUCAUCGCCCGCCAUAUCUCGCGGCAGCUCUGUCGAUCAAGGACCGCAGCGACAACAUUAUCCUUCCAUACCUGUCGCGCCGGUGCCCAGCAUGGGUACUCCAACGAUUCAGACACCCCAGAGCGAAUUCUUUCCGUCAGACAUGGAAGCUUCAUCUAACACCAUACCAUCUGGGCCAUCAUAUGCUAUAGGGGAUUCAUCUUCAACGGGAUGGAUACCCGCAGAUACAGAUAACGACGCAAUGGCGAAACCUCGCGACGCGAACGCGAUGUGGCGACCGUCAUUCCCGGUGAACAUGGGUGGACAACUUUCCCCAUAUGCAGAUCC